UUUCACCAAAACCGGCGGCGGCGACGCCGCUGCGGGACCCGCGAACGCAACACCGUCACCGUCACAUCAGCAUCUUUGGUCAUCAGGGAGAUCCAGGAGCAUGAGCAGAACUUUGAGCUGCGGGAGCAGAUGUCUGGCUACAAGCGCAUGCGGCGGCAGCACCAGAAGCAGCUGAUCGCCCUGGAGAACAGGCUCAAGGCCGAGAUGGACGAGCACAGGCUGAGGCUGCACAAGGAGCUGGAGACGCAGGCCAACAACACUUACGCCGAGCUGGAGCGGCUGGCCAAGCGCCACGCUGCUCAGACUGACAAAGAGAUGAAGUCGGUGGCCACAGAGGAGCGGCGCAUCCAGCAGCAGAUCGCGGCUCAACAGAAGAAGGAGCUGACGUCCUUCUUGGAGAGCCAGAAGAGAGAGUACCGACUCUGCAAGGACAAAAUCAAAGAAGAGAUGAGCGAGGACCCGUGCACCCCGAAAGAGGAAAAACAAGAGCGUUUGUCGCGGCACAAGGAGACCAUUCAGCGCUCGCAGGCGGACGACGAAGCCAACCUGCUGGCGCAGCAGCGGCUCGUCUACGAGCGAAGCUGCCGGGCUCUCAAACGCCGAAGUCUGCUCAGGAAGCACGACUUCGAACAGGAGCAACUCAGAGAGGAGCUGAACAAGAAGAGGAGCCAGAAAGAGAUGGAGCACGCCCUGAUGAUCCGCCAGGACGAGGCCACGCAGGACCUGGAGCAGCGGCAGCUUCAAGUGCUCCACAAGCUGCGUGUGGAACUCAUGCGGCUGCAGCACCAGACCGAGCUGGAAAACCAGGAGGAGUACAACAAUCGCAGGCAGCGCGAGCUCUUGCGCAAACACACCCUGGAGCACAGGCAGCAGCCAAGAGACCUCAAGACGCUGGAGCUGCAGAUCAAGAAGCAGUUCCAGGACACGUGCAAGGUUCAGAACAAGCAGUACAAAGCCCUGCGCAACCACCAGCUGGAGGUUUCGCCCAAAGGGGAGCACAAGAGUCUCCUGAAGGGGCUGAAGGAGGAGCAGACCCGCAAGCUGGCCGUGCUGGCCGAGCAGUACGAGCACUCCAUCAACCAGAUGAUGGCCUCGCAAGCGAUGCGGUUGGAGGCGGAGCAAGAGGCGGAGUGCGAGGCCCUGAAGCAGCAGCUGAAGCAGGAAAUGGAGCUGCUGGACGCCUACCAGAGGAAGACCAAGUCCCAGAUGGAGACCCAACAUGAGCGAGAGCUGCAGAAGCUCGAGCAGAAGAUCUCCAUACGCAGGGCCCACCUGGAACAGAAGAUGGAGGAGGAGCUUUCGGCUCUGCAGAAGGAUCGCAGCGAAAGGAUCAAAACUCUGCUGGAGCGUCAGGAGAGAGAGAUUUUGUCUUUCGACAGCGAGACUCGCAUCCUGGGCUUUGGCAGUCUGGGAUCUCUGGACUUGUUCCUCAAGGACGACAACAGAUGAAAGUGGACCGGCGGCCACAUUUUCUUUCCUUUUCUUCGAUGGACAUUUCCGGCAACGGCGGACAACUCAUUUCAAAGCGACAAAAUGCCAGAAUCUGUGCGGAUCCUGUCAGUCGCCGUGUUGGGAUUAUUACUCCUCCUCGUCUCGAUUUUUGGUAUGAAGUGAAUAAUUCAGGAAAUUUUUUGCUAAAAUGGGCACUUUGCCAUGUUUCAGUAGAACUCCAUUGUAAGUGUGUGUGUGUGUGUGUGUGUGUGUGUGUGUGUGUGUGUGUGUGUGUGUGUGUGUAGAGCAGGGGUGGGCAAAGUAUGGCCAGGGGGGUCAUCUGAGCUCAAUCUGUUCUUUUAUCCGACCCGUAGAGCAAGAGUGCUGGAAUAUUUGGUGCAUUAAUUUAGCCAAUUUGGGUAAUUAGCAUACAUUGAUUCAUUACCAUACAUUUUGUAUUCAUUUUUCUUCCUCAUUUAAUCAUUCUUUUCUUUUUUUUUGCCAAAAAGUGAUUA